ACGACAUAAGACGUAACGGUAAGCUUUUAACGCCUGCUUCAUAUACAGGCGACCAAACCGAACAAACGGAGAGAAACGCGGGACACAUUACAGUGCAGCACCAAAUACGCUAUACUCUCUCGUCUCUCAAUCCUUCGUCUCUCUCUCUUUACCUCUCUUUCUAUCGUUCCGAAUUUGAUUCGAUUCCUUAGGAAACCCUAACUGACUCUGAAUUUAAAAUGGAAAAAUCUGUGGAGACUACCGCCACCACCGAGGUCACCGUCAGGAAAGCUGCAGCAGAGAAAUCGGAGAGGGAUGGGUCUGAUACUAGCAGUGCCAGUGGUGGUUCUGUUUUAGAGGACAAGGAGGGAGGGAUUUGGGAAUAUUUUGGUUGGGUUUAUCAUUUAGGUACCAAUUCUAUUGGUCAUGAGUAUUGUCACCUUAGAUUUCUGUUUAUAAGAGGUAAAUAUGUUGAGAUGUUCAAGCGUGAUCCUCAUCAGAACCCUGGCAUUAAACCUAUUAGGAGGGGUGUAGUAGGGCCUACACUUAUGUUGGAGGAGCUAGGGCGUCGACAGGUUAAUCACGGGGAUCUUUAUGUUAUACGGUUUUACAAUCGAUUGGAUGAGACAAAAAAAGGAGAAAUUGCUUGUGCUUCAGCUGGAGAAGCUCGAAAGUGGAUGGAGGCAUUUGAUCAUGCAAAGCAACAUGCUGAAUAUGAGCUCUUAAGAGGACGUAGUACUAGAAACAAGCUGAAUAUGGAGACUGAGAUCACUUUGGAAGGACAUCGGCCUAGAAUGAGGCGGUAUGCACAUGAAUUAAAAAAGCUUAUAAGAAUAGGGCAAGGUCCAGAGAUGUUGUUGCGUCAAUCGUCAAAUUUGCGACCUGCUAUCAAGUCGGACAGAUAUUUUGAGGGGGAGAUUGGAGAUGCAAUUGAAGCACAUGAAUGGAAAUGUGUUCGCACAAUAAAUGGUGUUCGAAUCUUUGAGGAUGUGUCUGAUAUCAAGAAUGGUAAAGGUGUUCUUGUAAAGGCUGUUGGUGUUAUUGAUACAACUGCUGAUACCGUUUUCGAAGUCAUUUUAAGUGUUGAUCGGCAUCAAAGAUAUGAGUGGGAUACUUUGACUAGUGACUUGGAGCUGUUAGAUUCUUACAAUGGACACUAUGAUGUUGUCUAUGGGACAUAUGAUCCACAAUAUCUUACUCGGUGGCAAUCCAAAAGAGAUUUUCUCUUCUCUAGGCAAUGGUUUAGUGGCCAAGAUGGAACAUAUACAAUCUUGCAAUUUCCAGCCAUACAUAAGAAACGGCCUCCUAAAUCUGGAUAUCGACGUACAAAAAUUAACCCUUCUACUUGGGAGAUUAGAAAUUUAAACACACCCAUGGGUUCAAAUACUAUGAAAUGUAUUGUGACACAAACGUUAGAGAUAAAUGACGCAGGGUGGUGUGGAUGGAAGACAAAUCAUUGCUCAAAGUUUGAAAAGACUAUUCCUUAUGCAUUGUUGUCUCAAGUAGCAGGUUUGAAGGAAUACAUUGGAGCGAAUCCAGCUCUGAAAUCUACAUACACCACUACAGUUGUCCAUUCAAAAAUUUCGGAUGAUUGCACCUCCAGUAAUGAAUAUGAGGAUGCGGAAGUUAAGGAUGAGUUCUAUGAUGCGAUUUCUGCUGAUUCGUCAUCAUCGGAAGAGAGUGAUGAUGAAGAUCAACUGAUAAACAAGGACAAGAAAGUGAAAUUGAAGAAUGUUUCUUGGGCCAUCACAAGCUUAGCUAUGAAGCGAACUUCAGUUCUGGAUGCAGAUAAGGUAUUGGAUCCUAGUGAAGCUCCAAUCAAUAUUGAUCUAAGCCAAUUCCACAGCUCCUUACCCAAAGGGAAGGAUGAGAAGGACUCAAAUUGUUGGACUUCUCCAGGUGGAAUGGGAUUUAUGAUCAGGGGAAAGACUUACCUAAAGGAUAACUCUAAGGUAAUGGGUGGGGAUCCCCUUCUCAAACUCUUAGCUGUUGAUUGGUUCAAAGUUGAUAGUGCUGUGGAUAGAGUUGCAUUGCAUCCCAAGUGUCUAGUACAGACAGAGGCCGGGAAGAAGCUCCCAUUUGUCCUUGUUAUUAAUCUUCAGGUUCCAGCAAAACCAAACUACAGUUUGGUACUCUACUAUGCUUCAGACAGGCCAGUAAAUAAAAGCUCUUUGUUGGGUAAAUUUGUUGAUGGGACAGACAUUUUUCGGGAUUCAAGAUUUAAACUAAUUCCAAGUAUCAUUGAGGGAUAUUGGAUGGUCAAGCGUGCUGUGGGGACAAAAGCUUGCCUUUUGGGGAAAGCUGUAACAUGCAAGUAUCUUAGACAAGACAAUUUUCUUGAGAUUGAUGUAGAUAUUGGAUCAUCCUCAGUAGCCAGGAGUGUGAUUGGCCUUGUCCUUGGAUAUGUCACAAGCUUAGUUGUUGAUCUUGCAAUUUUGAUAGAGGCAAAAGAAGAAGAAGAGUUGCCUGAGUAUAUUCUUGGCACUGUCCGGCUAAAUCGUGUGAGGGUUGACACUGCAGUACCUUUGGAGGCUUAGGGUAUUCAUUUGUCAACAUUCUUAUUCAUCACAUUUUCAUUUUUUCCAUAUUAGUUUUUGAUUAUUAGAUCAUGACUAUAAGGAUUUGGCUUUCCCAAUAAUUAUAUGUACAAAAGUAUGAUUUAUAUAUACACCUCAUCACACACACACACAGCAAUAAUAUGGACAGCCUCCCUUGUUGUGGGUUGGAUAAUUGAUUCCACUUCUGUUUGGUUUGCUUGCACCUUCUUAAUUUGUGAAAUUAUGACUAAACUUGAGUUCA